AUGAAGGAUCCCAUACUUGUAGUUGGAAUGAAAUUUCCCAAUCCCCAAGUUUUCAAAGAGUAUUUGAGGGAGUUUAAUGUGGUGCAUGGUUAUGAUAUAAGGUACAUCAGAAAUGAGAGUGCUAGAAUCAUUGUUGUUUGUAGGCAUGGCUGUACUUGGAGGAUACAUGCCUCUCCAUUUGGGGGAACUACAACCUUUCAGAUCAAAACUCUAGAGGGGAAACACACAUGUGAGAGGCAUUACAACAACAAACAAGCCAACUCUAAGUACUUGGGGAAGAACUUUGUAGAUGAAGUGAGAGAUGACCCCUCUAUUAACAUAGCCUCUUUCAAGAAAAAAGUAAGAAGAGAGAUAAUGGUGGAUGCAAGUAGGUUUCAAAUAUACAGGGCAAAGAGAAAGACAAUGAAGAUAAUUGCAAGGGAUUUGGCAGAGCAAUAUCACAGGAUUAGGGGUUAUGAAGCUACAGUUAUUAGCAAAAAUCCAACCUCACACAUUUCAAUAACAACUAAUCCUGAAAAGACAGAGCCUACAUUUGAAAUAAUGUAUUUUAGACUUGAUGCACAAAAAGAUGGAUUUCUAACAGGGUGUAGACCAAUAAUAGGACUAGAUGUGGCUUUGGUUGAGAUAGAAUGUAAAGCCUCUUAUUCUUGGUUUCUUGAGGAAUUGAUGAGUGAUAUUGAGAGUGUUGAGGAGAUGGGGUGGACAUUUAUAUCAGAUAGAAGAAAGGGGUUGGUUAAAACAUUUGCAGAGUUAUACCCUACUGCAGAUCACAUAUACUGCCUAAGACAUAUGUAUAGUAACUUCAAGACAAAAUACAGUGGUUGCGUGUUGAAAGACCUGUUUUGGAAAGCUGCAUCAACUGGAAAUGUGCAUGAAUUCAAUUAUUGGAUGAAGAAGAUUGAAAAAGCUGAUCCUAAGACUGGAAAUAGGAAGACAGCUGUAGAGUAG